AGGUCAAAGAGGACUGCAGAGUGAUUAUAAGAGCAAUAGCCCUGCUGGAAGAGCUGUGUGGACCUCGAGAAGCAGGAGGCUCGAUUUUUCAGGAACUCGCCGACUCCCUUGGCUACGAGUUUGCAGCACGCAGCCUCCAGCUGCCAGUCCCAACACAGUCCUUGGGGCUCAGACCCAUCUUAGAAGAAAUUGCCUGAAUUCAGAGACUACCAGAUCUGUUACAGAAGAAGCAGUUCCAAGAUCCCCUUGUAAAUUUUGAUACUGCAAUGGCUUGUGAAAUCAUGCCUCUGCAAAGUUCUCAAGAAGAAGAAAGACCCAUGUCACCUUUUUAUUUAAGCGCUCCUGCGUCCCAAGUCAAUAAUGUUCCAACAACUGGAGAGUUCUUAGAAAGAACAAUUCGAUCAACUGUGGAACAGCAUCUUUUUGAUGUUCAAGACUCUGGGGGUCAAAGUUCAGAAGAUUCAGAAUGUGGGGGACCAUCAGCUUCUUCCACAGCAGCUGCCAGGCAGAAAAGGUGGCAUAACAAGAAUCAGAAUGAAAUCAGACAUAACAGAGAAAGGGUACUUAUCAACAAAGAAAAUAUUCCUUCUGAGUUCAGCAGCCUCGAGGAUUGUAUUUUGACUGCACAGGAAGCAGAAAAAUACCAGGAAAACAUCUGUGUAUAUAUCGAAGAAAACAGCAAACCUAAAAGACAGAAAUCCAGUACCAGACUUUCUGAGAUUAAUGACAACCAAGAUAAUCAUGUGACUAUGGAAAGCUUUAAUUCUGCAAGAUCUCAAGAGAGACUUGGAUGUGAUGAUAUCCUGGAACUGAUGUCUGAUGAAAGCAAAGAAAACAGCAGUGAUGGGAAAUACCCACAGCAUUCUCAGAGCUUCACCAUGAAGAUUCAGGACCAUCCGAGCCUCCCCGACACGAAACUCCAGAGAAACCAAGACGCGGAUGUCCAGGAAGAUAGCUUUGUCACCGAAAUGCCUCAGCUGGACUUGACCACUUUGUGUAAUGAGAACAGCUGGGAAGAGCCCAUUCCUACUCUCUCCUCAUGGCAGUGUGACAGCAUUGAUUCAGAUGAAGCCCACCUUUCCCCACAGGCAGGGCGCCUGAUCCGCCAGCUUCUAGAUGAAGACAGUGAUCCUAUGCUGUCCCCUCGAUUCUAUGCUUAUGGGCAGAGCCAGCAGUACCUGGAUGACACGGAAGUGCCUCCUUCCCCCCCCAAUUCACAUUCUUUCAUGAGGAGAAGGAGCUCUUCUUUGGGAUCUUAUGAUGAAGACCAAGAAGACUUAACACCUGCACAGUUAACUCGGCGGAUUCAAAGCCUUAAGAAAAAGAUCAGAAGGUUUGAAGAGAGAUUUGAAGAAGAAAGGAAAUAUAGGCCAGCCUUCCAUAGUGACAAAGCAGCCAAUCCAGAUGUUUUGAAAUGGACAAAUGACCUUGCAAAAUUCCGGAAACAACUGAAAGAGUCAAAGCUAAAGAUAUCUGAAGAAGAACUGGUUCCCCAGAUGCGUCAGCGAAGCAACACUCUCCCCAAGAGUUUUGGCUCUCAGUUGGAGAAGGACGAUAAGAAGCGAGAGAUGGCGGAUAAAGCAAUGAAGCCUACUGUUGAAGCUACCCUGGAAUCUAUUCAGAAGAAGCUGCAAGAGAAGCGGGCAGAGACCAACCAUCCUGAGGACAUCAAGGACAUGACUAGAGACCAAAUUGCUAUUGAGAAAGUGGCUUUGCAGAAAUCUUUGUUGUAUUAUGAGAGCAUCCAUGGAAGACCGGUAACAAAGCAUGAACGUCAGGUUAUGAAGCCAUUAUAUGACCGAUAUCGGUUGGUCAAACAGAUCCUGUCCCGGGCCUACACCAUUCCCAGCGUUGGUUCCCCUUCCAACAAAAGGAGAAGUCCUUUGCUACAACCAAUUAUUGAGGGUGAAACAGCUUCCUUCUUCAAGGAUAUAAAGGAGGAAGAGGACUGUUCAGAAGAUGACAGCAGCACAAAGCCAGACUUCACAAUCCCCAUAGAAACUGACUUCUGCUUUCUGGACCAACUUGAAGAUAAUGCCGAGCAUUUUCUUUCCCCUUUGGAUGAUAAGCUGCCUCCAAAAGGCAGUCAGGACAUGGGACUCUCCAACCUUCAUGCUGCAUCGAUACAUGAGCUCUUAGAACAACUUCAAGAAGUGAAAGAAGAGAAGAAAAGAAUUCGAAAAAAACUUCGUGAUUUUGAGGAUAAUUUUUUCAGACAAAACUCAAGAAACGUCCAGAAGGAAGACCGCACUCCAAUGGCUGAAGAAUAUAUUGAAUACAAACAUGUGAAGGCAAAAAUAAGGCUUUUGGAAGUACUCAUCAGCAAGAGAGACAUUGAUUUAAAGAUCAUGUAAAAAAGUGCACUCCUUCAGAAAAGACUCGGUUGGAUUGAGUUAUUGAAGGAGCCUUCACAAGGCAGUCAGCAGUUCUUUCUGAAACCAAGAAAUCCGGUGGUGUGGCGUGUAAAGGACAGCUCUGGUCAUGCUCCAGUCCUUCACUUACGUAUUGUCUACUGAGAAAGAAACUUUUGUUUAGGAAUGUUGUGUCCGAGUCAACAUUUAUGCACAUACACACACAUUUCACUGUGGUGCAAACUUCACUAAUAUUAGCUAUUCCAUCAUUAAGUUUAGAUACACUAAUCCUACACAUGACCCACAGUUGUUCAACAUUCUGAGAAACACAAAGAACUGUUCCAUUUCACUAUGAUAAAAAGAAGCUCAGGACUUUGAUUCACUUACAGUCUGCAUGCUGUAGAGUUUUCUGUUCUCUUUGGACCCAGUCCAGCUAAGUGUUUCUGUGAAAUAGCCCGGUAUGCUGCCUUGGCUUUCAUUGUGACAUUUUAAAUAGCACUAUGCCAUCCGCCAUCUUUGUGCAUGGCUCGACUUUUACUUCAGCUCAGGUAGAUGGCAGCUCAGACCAGAAUAACAAAUACUCUCUUGAUUGGUAUUUUUCUUUCAUAUUUCUUCAACUGAGCAAUAGAUUUCAUACCUUGGCUGUGACUGGGCAGCAUCCAGCAGCCCAGAGAGGAUAAUGGGAAGACAGCAGAGGCAGUGACAGUAGUUGUAUUGGCUUCAGGUACCUGGAAUGAUACCUGAGAAUUUAUUUCUCUUUCUGUGAUAGGUUAAAAAAACUAAAAGUCCUCAUUUAGCAUUGACUCAGGCCACUCACAUGACUAUAGCAACUACAGUUUAUGUCUGUUGUUUUCUUUUUAUUAAAAAAUAAGAUAGACAGACAUACUGGAUUUUUACUUUCAGUGACUAGGUAUGGGAUGAGAGGUAGGCCUCUGUUCCUGCUUUCCUGAGUUUAAGGCAAACAUGGGCUUAUAAUAGGAAGCCAGAAACUGAAGAAUUAAUUAUUUCUUCAAAGUUGAUCUACAAGGCAGAAUAUUAUUCAUAUCAUUUUCAGUGAAAAUAUGUAGGUAGGAGAAAGUCUAUAGCUGAUACGUUUUCAUUAUCGGGUUAUUAUCUUUAUUGGAGAAUGUUCGAUGAAGCCAUCGCCAUUGGCUGGCUUGUUAGGACCAGGCAAUUAGAAGACUUUAAAUCAUCCAUUUCAAAAGUUGAAAUUUUAAGUGUGACAGUUCACCCUGUGAUUUAUCAACUUUUCUCAUUAUCCUCCAUAUUAACGAAGACCACGCUAUGGUUCAUACUCCUCCCAAAUCUAGGAAGUGUGCUUUGGAAGAACUAUAAUAGGUUUCCGAUGCAUGAACUGGUUUUUUCCUCUGAAGAGAGCAUUUAAUGGAUGAACAUGCCUGUCUCUUUUAGAGAGCUGUCCUUUGAAUUGACACAACAGUUCUUAAAGCUAAUUGAUCCAAAGUGUGGAUUUCUGAUGUUAACUUUGCCAAACUACUUUCAUCAAUGACACUCUAACCUCAAAGUGGCUUUUGUCCAUUUCUGUCAGUUAGUUGAAGAAUUACUAAGAGAUGGAGAGGAGUGUUAAGGGAGGGAAGGAUCCUUUUUUUGAUGAAUGUAAGCGUGAGCUCUGUACUAAUAAUUUCCCCAUUUUAACUCCCUAUACAAUGACAGUGCAUAGCCAAAAGGUUAAUUGUGAAAUUCUAAAUUAAAAAAUGAGACUAGACGUAGAUAAUGAUUCUGGAUGCUUUCAUUCACUGUUUGUAUGACAGAUUGUUAUAAUUCCAAAGAUUUAGAGCUUAAGAGAUAUAAUGUAUUUUAAUGAUAGCUUCUAUUUUUUGAAAUUGAAUGUGAUUAAUAAUGAAUUCUACAUAAUCAAAAUUGUAUUUUUAAAGAAAAAAAAUUUUGCCUCUAAAAAAACCCCUUAAAUAUGAGGGAAUAUUGAUUGGAGUAUAUUACUAUUUAACUUAUUAUGACAGAGAAUAUCUUUAAGGAAACCUAUAGGAAAAAGAAACCUUAUAUAACUAAAUUAUAAAACUCCAAACACCAAAUGGUAAGAAGACUGAUGUUACUGACAUAGCUAAAUGAACAUUAUAAAUUAACAAAUUUUCAUUUGGUUAUUAAGUAGGCCAAAAAAUCAGUAAAAUAAAUCCUCAUUUUUAGUUCUGAUUUCCACUUUAAUUUGUAAUCAUUCAAAUACUUAAGCUUAUAGAGCCCAAUUUUUAAAAAUUGUUUUUAAAAUAGCUCAAAACUUAUUUGUAGACAUGUUACAUGCUGUGCUGGUAUGUAAAUAAAAUAGUUAUGAGACAAACUUGUUUCUGUUGCAACACAGUUUGCAAAGAGUUAUAUCGUGAUACGAGUUAUAUUAUUUGACUUUGCAUGGACGAGAGCAGCGUCGGGUGAGUUAUUUUUUCUUUUGCUCUUUUGGAAAUGUGCAUGUUUAUUACCAAAUACCGACAUAAUAAAAAUCUUCAAGAUGAAUAAUAAUUAAGAAAAAAAUAAAAUUAAAAUAAUGAUUAAUUAUGAGAACUCAGGAUGGCAAAGGCUUAUAAUUUUCACAAGAAGCAAAUAUGUGCAAGAUUUUAGUAAAGGCUAUUUCAAAAUACAGACAGAAGAGUAUUAUUUAUGUAAGGAGAAAGCCUGACAUCUUUGUGCACGUUUGUUAGCUUCAAGUUCAAAGAAUGUUUGCACAGAAGAACACCAACUCGAGCCAAACUUGAAAAAUAAAAUGAAAAGAUCUGUUUGUUUGCCUUUGAAAUAUCAUGUCAUGAACAGAUUGGGUGAGACUGUGUCUUGCUUCUGGAUGAUUGCUUGAAUUGACAAGGGAAAAGGGUCAUUGUAGUUACUCACAGGUUAGACAUGGUCUGAUCUGUAAUCUCCAUUUAAAGAAUGGAAGUGUAGCUGUGUGACCCUGGGUAAGUCACUUAACCCCAAUUGCCAAAAAAAAAAAAAGAAUGGAUGUGGUUGAUGAGGUUCUUCGGGAAACUGUCCAGAUAGCAAGUAUAUGUGCACUUAAGAGGAGGUCCCAUGGAUGGCUGGUACAAGUUGUGCAUUUUGCUUCAGUAUCUCAGCAUUUUACAUGGAGUACAAUAUUUGUACCUCUAAGGGAUUAAAAGUUUUCUAAUGAGGAUGAACUUGCUGUGCUUUCUACAUGCCUUGCUAAACUGUGUUACGAAAGGAAAAUUUAAAUUCGUGUCUCAUGGGAUUUCUGUAUGAUUGCAUAUCCAAUGCCUAUUUUAUAAAUAAAAGUAUCCACAGAUUACUUCAAAUAUGUAAGAAGGUGAGGAAAAAAUGAGAAUGUUGUCAUCAUUGCUAGGUUUGGGAUACAGUGCAAUUAGGUGGAAUGCCUUUAAUAUUGGAGGUGCCAUUUUUCUUACAUAAAAAUCAUUUAUUGUAUUUUUGACUUGCUGACUUGGAAGCUAAGCUAGGUUUGGGCUAUUUAAUAUAUCAUCAACUGGAGUUAACUAUUUAGAACUAUUUCUAAAAGUACCUCAGAAUCUUUAUUUUAGUGAAAUGUCAAUCUGAUAAAAUAUGUUUUACAGUCAAAAUCAUAAUUUUUCUGAUGACAGUAAAGCUUCCUUUUCCUUAUAUACUGCAUCUUGGUUUUAUUGUUUGGCCUAAAUAAGAAGAGUAUUUUAAAGAUGUUUUAAAAGAAAGAAAGAAAAAAAGAAACCAGGCUCCCUAAUACCACGAUGUCCAGCCAUCAAGCUCAAAGGGAAAGGGACAAACAGACAGAUAACUCUAUCUUGUUGCAAAAUAGUUUUAUAAAAAGCCCGAAGUUUGUCAGAGCAUCCUUUCCCAAGUUUGUUUUUUAAAGUCCUAUUUUUUUCUCUAGACCUCAACCUAUAUGUUUUUAAGAACUAAGGUUUGGGCAAAAGCUUGCUAAUGUUAUUAUUCUCUGCAUAACCAAGUUUCUUCUAAUGAUAGCUUUUUAAGGAACUGGUAGAAUAAUAAUGCCAUACAACAUGUGUAGCUCAGGAUCUAUGACCCCAAGUCUUGAAAGCUCCCAGGCUUCCUCACUUCCCAACUAUCCAUUCUCUUUGGUCAUCUGCAUGUACUUGGAACACAUGCUUUAUAAGGAUGGUCAAUGGGGACUGAUAGAAAUCAAGCUAAUCCCAUAUAGGCAUGAGUGUAAAAUACAAAAAUGUAUGUAUAUACAUAUGUAUAUAUGUGUGUGUAUAUAUGCAUAUAUACAUAUAUAUGUCCAUUUUCUUGAAUGGAGAUUCUGGUGGUAUGUAUAGAUAUUCAUGUUUCUCCCCAGAAUUCAGAGGCUUAGACGCACGGAUUUGUAAAAUUAGUUUGGCAGACUUCAUUCUCUGUCUGAAAACAAAUUAUGUGAUCAUGCAGAUAAUGACCUGAACAAAGGAUAAAAUUUUAGGAAAUGUGGGCCCAGAACUGUUUAUGUGACAUGUCAAAUUUGAAAUUACCAUGUGUAUUUUUAAAAUGUAAACUGAAUGAAAGAUGUGUACAUUUUUGUACAUGAUUGUAUUUUGUACAAAAUUAAAGAGAGUAUUUUUACCUCUGUGA